AUGUGGAGCGUCACCGGAGCUUUAGGUGUGGCGGUGCCUACCGCCGUUACUUUCCGUCCAAAACCCUUUCUUGUCUCCUCUUCUCUUCCCAAACAGACAAAGAAACUACAUCUCUCUCCACCGCAAUUGCUGUCUCUACCGUCACAUUUCUCAUUCUCUUUCAAAACUUCCGCCACUUCCGUUCAACAACAGUCGGACAAUAAGGGAGAGAGCACUAAGUACUACUUCCUGGUUGCGAAUGCGAAAUUCAUGCUUGACGAAGAGGAACAUUUCCAGGAGCAAUUGUUUGAACGUCUCCGUUACUACGGAGAGCGUGAAAAGGAGAUAGAUUUCUGGCUUGUCAUUGAACCCAAAUUCCUUGACAAGUUCCCCAAAAUCACUCAAAGACUUCGUCGUCCUGCAGUUGCUCUUGUUUCCACCAAUGGCCCUUGGAUCACGUUUAUGAAGUUAAGAUUGGAUCGAGUUCUAGCUGAAUCCUUUGAAGCAACGUCUCUCAAUGAAGCCUUGGCCUCAAAUCCUGCAACUCUAGAGUUUGAUCAGCCUAAGAAUUGGGUGGCUCCAUACCCAAAGUAUGAGUCUGGUUGGUGGGAAACGUUCUUGCCUAAAGAAAUCCAAGAAUCAUCAUCUGUAGUAUAG